AUGCGCCUCUACCUCGUCCCGAACGACCCGGAGCGCACGACGCUCGUCUCCGCGAACGGCGUCGCGCACUACAAGGUGUGCACCGCGAAAGCGCACCGCUUCGGGCCCUCGGUGCUCUCGAUCCGGCGCUCGGCGGACGAGGAGGUGGACAGCGUCGUGGGGGAGGUCGAGUGGCGGCGCUUUGGGGCGCACCCGGUCGUGCGGAGCAAUGUCUUCGACGGGACGCUGCAGGAGAUGGAGGUGCGCAACUUCCUGUACAAGCUGGGGCACCACUUUACGCCGACCCGACGUUUUCUGGGCGACGACGGGAAGGAGUACCGGUGGAAGCCUUUCAAGAAUAUUGGGCACGUCCUUAGCCGUCUCGACACCGGCGCGGAGGUCGCGCGCUUCACGCAGGAGCCUGUUAGCGAGGGCUUCUUCCGCGGGGAGCGCAAGUGGUGCCUGCAGAUCCAGCCGACGACGCUCGACAUCGACAUGGUCGUGCUGACGUUUAUCAUCAUGGAGAAGCGCCGGCGGGACUGCGUCGCCGCGGAGGCGAUGAAGGGGCCCCAUGACGAGGACGUCCCCGAGGGCGGCGGGUGCGAGGCUGGCGCGGGGAUGGGUUAG